UGAGGCUAGGCUAUCCUGAGAUAAAGAGGUCAUGAAUGCAACGUCCCCCGCCCCGCCCAGGUGGUGGGAGCAGGAGAGGUGUCACAAACCGCAGUGUAAUCUGUUCAAUCCUGGGAGGGUCCAGAGGCUGCCCUUUGGCCAAAGGAGCUUUUAAUCUGCAAUUCCCCCACAGAUCCCGGUCGGCUCUGGAAGGUUCCCCACCCGCAAAGCGUACCCUCCGGCGUUAGUCCGGGCGAGGGCCACUACCAGCCGCUGCAGCGGGGGGGGACUGGUCUCCCAGCUCCGGCGCGCCGGGCUGGCCCACGACCUUGGAGGAACCCGGGAGAGAAAGCUUCACCGAGAGACAGUACUUUUCCACUGCACUGCUCGGCCACCUCGGCUGGCUUUCUGCUGUGCAGAUAGAAGAUGAAGGGAGCCAGGCCGGCCCCGGGAGGAACCCCCCCAACUCACGGUCAGAGAUGCAGGGAGGCAGGAGCUGAGGGUGAGGGGCAGUGGGCAUCCGAGAAAGCGGAGGGGGGUACCGAACCCUCCCGGAGGGGCUGAGAGACCACCAGGGCGACCUGGGAAACUUGCACUGGCAAAGCCCUUGGGUCGAUUUCAAGAGCUUCCUGCUCCUUGAUCUCCGACAAUAAUGAUUAAACCCGAUCCACCGCGCCUGUGCUGGGUCUCGGGCGAAGAGCCCCGCUAGCUGGCGCGGGGGGAGGAGACAGAGGAGGGGACGAGAGAUCUAGCGGUCCCGCCCGGUGAUGUAGGCAGCCGGGGGAGGUGGAGCCGCGAAGCCUGGAGGAGUCCCCACCGCAGUCGCGGCUCUCGGUCUACCCCUCUGAGCAGCCAGCCUCCAGCCCCGGCUCCGGCGACCUCCCUGCCGCCGCAGGGGUGGCAGGAACCGCGGGGUGCCCCCCUAUUCGGAUCUGGAGGGGCGCGUCUCCACCCCGCCCAGCCCCUGCCCCUCCUGGCUUCCCGGACGGCUUGGAGCGACUCCCGGGGGAAGCUGUUCCCGGACGCUCGGGGCCGUCGCCCGGGCAUCUCGGCUGUCAGCCCGGCUGAGCACCGGGCAUCUGCGAAGCCAGCCAGCCCUGCCUGGCACUGGGCAUCUGCGGGCACCGAUUGUCCCCGGCGCCGCCCUGGGCCGCGGGCUUCUGGGCGCGCUCCCCUCCCCCGGCCGCUGGGCCGGCCGCCCGCGAGCUCCCGGCGCCCCCAGCCCCUCGGGCCGCCGCCGCCGCCGCGAUGCUGCCCUGGAGGCGUAACAAAUUCGUGCUGGUGGAGGACGACGCCAAGCGCAAGGCCAAGAGCCUGAGUCCGGGCCUCGCCUACACGUCGCUGCUCUCCAGCUUCCUGCGCUCCUGCCCGGAUCUGCUGCCCGACUGGCCGCUGGAGCGCCUGGGCCGCGUGUUCCGCAGCCGGCGCCAGAAAGUGGAACUCAACAAGGAGGACCCGACCUACACCGUGUGGUACCUGGGCAACGCCGUCACCCUGCACGCCAAGGGCGACGGCUGCACCGACGACGCCGUGGGCAAGAUCUGGGCGCGCUGCGGGCCGGGCGGGGGCACCAAGAUGAAGCUGACGCUGGGGCCGCACGGCCUCCGCAUGCAGCCGUGCGAGCGCAGCAGCUCAGGGGGCCCCGGGGGCCGCCGGCCGGCGCACGCCUACCUGCUGCCGCGCAUCACCUACUGCGCGGCGGACGCGCGCCACCCGCGCGUCUUCGCCUGGGUCUACCGCCACCAGGCGCGCCACAAGGCCGUGGUGCUGCGCUGCCACGCCGUGCUGCUGGCGCGGGCGCACAAGGCGCGCGCCCUGGCCCGCCUGCUCCGCCAGACCGCUCUGGCGGCCUUCACCGACUUCAAGCGCCUGCAGCGCCAGAGCGACGCGCGCCACGUGCGCCAGCAGCACCUCCGCGCCGGGGGCGCCCCCGCCGCCUCGCUGCCCCGCGCCCCGCUGCGCCGGCUCCUCAACGCCAAGUGCGCCUACCGGCCGCCCCCCGCCGCCGAGCGCGGCCGCGGGGCGCCGCGCCUCAGCAGCAUCCAGGAGGAGGACGAGGACCAGGACGAGGACGCGGGGACGCGCGAGCGGCCGGAGGUGCUCAGCCUGGCCCGCGAGCUGAGGACGUGCAGCCUGCGGGCCGCCCCGGCGCCUCCGCCGCCCUCGCAGCCCCGCCGGUGGAAGGCCGGCCCCCGGGAGCGAGCGGGCCAGGCGCGCUGAGAGCCGGAGGCGAGGUGGGGGGGGCGCGGGCGGGGGUGAUGGACAGGCCUCGCGGCCCCAGACCCGGCCGGCCUGAUGUAGAGCCUCCGGCCUCGGCCCUGCCCGCUACGGCUCCCCCGUGGUCCCCCCACCCCGCCCUUGCCUCCCUCGUGGUCUCUGUGGCUGUCCGCCCCGCGCCUCAUCCUGGCUCAGGGUGACGCCUGACAUGCCCUUGAGUAUGCGGGGCGGCGAGCUGGGGGAGCAGCAGUAUUCCGUGUUCGCCCCCCACCCCCAGAGCCUGCCGGCGCCCUCCACUGUGGAAUUGCCCCCGAUGCUUAACACCAAGUUGCUUUGCCCAUAGGCCACGCCCUACCUCCCCAAACAUCCUCUCUAGAGAAGGGGGCUUGGGGAGGAGACUCUUCCAGAAAACCAGGAGGGUGGCCUUGGAUCUUGGCCCCCAGGGGAGACAGUGGGUCUGCCUGUAGCCAAGCUAGCCUUCCUGGGGAGACCAGCCCUAGGCAGGCAUUCUUACAGCGGGAAGAAUAGUGGCCCCGGAGAGCUGAGGCCAGGCCCCAGGUGGCAUCUGAGUCUACUGCCAAUCCACACAAGGAAGAGUGCCCAGCCUAUACGCCUGGCCUCUCCACCCCUUGGAGGACUUCUGGGACUUUGCUGCUCUGCCUGUGGAGAAAACGGGGAUGUUCCUACCACCCCCAACAACAGACGGCCCAGGAACAGCUCUUUGCAUCAGGCCGCUGCCCAAGCCUGUGUCCUGGCACCCGCAGGACUCCUUACCCACCCUGUCUUUCUGCAUACAAAUGUGUGUGGGUCCCCGCUCGGUGCCCCACACUAGGACCAAGACAUGGCCUCCAAGGGAGGUAAGAGGGCAUCUGGCAGGUGUUUGAGGCACUGACCACCCAGCAAAUGGACAGGGGAGAGAUGUCCCCAAGCCAAGGCUUGUCAGAGCUGGAGGGUCCUGACAGCACCUGGGUUCUCACAGCAAGAUGAGGCCAGAGAGUGCGGUGACCCCACCGGGGGAGCGGGCCCCUGCCCACGUGUCUUUUAACAAGGUCACUAAAAGCCCAAAGAUCUAUGUGUCACCAAAUCAUCAUUGUAAAUAAACCAUUCCUGCUUUUUCAGCCUGUCA